UAUUGAGGAUCUUUGAGAAAUUCUAUAUUGGAAAGUUUCUUUGGUUGUCAUUUGCCCUAUUUGAUCAUCUUUCCUCCACAACCGCAGCUGAAACCUCUCCCUUGCUUUUGUAUUCUAAGCAACUAAUCUCUCUCUCUUGAACAAACAUCUUAUCUAUAUCCUUCAACCCAAAAAUCAAUAAAAAUUAAAAAUAAAAUGGCUCUUGGCCGCUCUCGUAGUAAGCGUAGCUCAUCAACUUCUUCCUAUGCAUCAACUAUUACUACCGUAGCAUUCAUAGCAGUAUGUGUUAUAGGUGUGUGGAUGCUGACCUCCAACUCUGUUGUCCCUCCUCAGACCACCGCCCGGAAAGCCGAGUUGGCCGCCAUCUCCGCUGCUGUGGAUGAACCUGAGGUUACCACCUCCAAUGAUGUCCAGAAUAAUGAACCCAGUAACAAAAAAGAUCAACCUGUUUUUGAAGACAAUCCUGGUGAUCUUCCUGCUGAUGCCAUCAAAUCUGAUGAUCCUAAAACCAUCAAUGAGCAGAGGAAUAAACAAGAUAGUGGGGAUCAGGGGUCUGCUGUUGAAGAGAACUCGCAGGGUUUGAAGGGGAAAGAAUCUGGUGAGGAGCAAGAGAAGCAGAGAGAGAAUCACACUCAGGUAUCUGAGGAGAGCUCACUGACUCAAAACCAGCAAGCUGAUCAAAGGAACCAAGAAAUCUCUCAAUCUGAUCAGGGAAACCAGAAAACAAGAAAUGAGGAGAGCAAUGAGAAUCAAGAGCAGACCACAGCGUCUGAAAAUGGCCAAAAUUCACACGAACAAUUUCCGAAUCAAAAGCAAAAUGAACAUCAACAAAGAGAACAGCAUGAAAAGAUUGAUGUAGGAAAGCAUUCACACGAUUCUCAGAACCAAGAAUUAAAUGGUGAUCAACAGCCACAGAAAAGAGAAAACAAUAAAAAAUCUCAAAAUUCGAAAUCAUAUGAAGACCAGCAACAACAACAACAACGACAAGAAGACGCUGGAAUCCAGACGACCUCUCGAGAAUCUCAAGAUGAGAUAUCAGAAGAAGAUCAAAAAGAAAGACUGAAGCAACAACGACAGCGGCAGCAGCAGGAAGACUCCGCUUCUAGUGACGAAGCACAGCAAAAACAACAUCAAUUUGGAGAUGUAACGAUCCCUGGAAUUAAACAAAAUGAGGACAAAAAAUCUGAAAAAGCAACUGAGGGCGUAAAAAUUCAAGCUAAGAAUCAACAAACCCAUAAAGAAUCUCAAGGUGAAAACAAUCGAAUCACAAAAACAAAACAUGACACAAGAACGGAAGAUAAAUCAAUUGAAACGAACUCAUUCCCUGGUGGUGGGACAUCAGGAAUACCCAAAGAAUCGAAGGAAUCGAAGAGGUCCUGGUCAACUCAGGCUACGGAAUCAGAGAACCAGAAAGGGAGACGAAAAGAGGGAUCAGAUGGUAAAGAAAGCUUAUAUGGAUAUUCGUGGGCACUAUGUAACGACAGAACAGGUCCUGAUUUUAUACCUUGUUUGGACAACGAGAAAGCAGUCAAGAAGUUGAAGACUACCAGGCACUUUGAGCAUCGGGAGAGGCAUUGUCCUGAAGAGGGACCCACUUGUUUGGUCCCACUUCCCAAGGGAUACAAAAGACCCAUCACAUGGCCUGGAAGCAGAGACAAGAUAUGGUAUCAUAAUGUACCUAAUACGAUAUUGGCAGAGGUGAAGGGACACCAGAAUUGGGUUAAGGUGACAGGUGAGUUCUUGACCUUCCCAGGUGGUGGCACACAAUUCAUACAUGGAGCUCUCCACUACAUUGAGUUUAUUCAACAGUCAGUGCCCAACAUAGAAUGGGGGAAGCAUACUAGAGUGAUUUUGGACGUGGGGUGUGGGGUUGCAAGCUUUGGUGGUUACCUUUUCGAAAAGGACGUUCUCACAAUGUCUUUUGCGCCAAAGGACGAACAUGAACGGCAAGUUCAAUUUGCCCUUGAAAGAGGAAUACCAGCCAUAUCAGCUGUCAUGGGUUCUCAGCGUCUUCCAUUCCCAAGCAGGGUCUUCGAUCUCAUCCACUGUGCUCGCUGUAGAGUGCCUUGGCACGCUGAUGCUGGUGUGCUACUUUUGGAAUUGAACCGUGUCAUGCGACCUGGAGGAUAUUUUGUUUGGUCAGCAACUCCUGUGUACCAAAAGCUUGAAGAAGAUGUGCAGAUAUGGCAAGCAAUGUCUGCCUUGACGGUAUCCAUGUGUUGGGAGCUUGUGACCAUCAAGAAGGACAAACUUAAUUAUGUUAGUGCUGCCAUCUACCGGAAACCAACCUCCAAUGAAUGCUAUAAUCAAAGAAAGAAAAAGGUUCCUCAAUUGUGUAUGAGUGAUGAUGAUCCAAAUGCUGCCUGGUAUGUACCACUGCAGGCGUGCAUGCAUAAGGUGCCAGUCGACUACAACCAGAGAGGGAGUCGGUGGCCCGAGAAUUGGCCUCAGAGACUACAGAAACCUCCUUACUGGCUAAACAGCUCUCAGAUGGGGAUCUAUGGGAAACCAGCUCCUCAGGAUUUUGCCGCAGAUUAUGAACACUGGAAGCAUGUAGUGCGCAAGUCAUAUAUGAAGGGGCUAGGCAUCAGUUGGUCCAACGUCAGGAAUAUCAUGGACAUGAGAGCUGUUUAUGGAGGGUUUGCAGCAGCGCUGAUGGACCUUGAUGUGUGGGUCUUAAACGUUGUGAACAUAAAUUCCCCGGAUACACUUCCCAUAAUCUAUGAGAGAGGCCUUUUUGGUAUAUACCAUGAUUGGUGCGAAUCCUUCAGCACUUACCCUCGAACCUACGAUCUCCUCCAUGCUGAUCAUCUCUUCUCAAAGCUGAAGCACAGGUGCAAACUUGCUCCUGUUAUGGCAGAGGUUGAUAGGAUAGUGAGACCUGGAGGUAAAUUGAUCGUUCGUGAUGAGUCGGAUGCAAUUGGUGAGGUUGAGAUCCUGUUAAAGUCGCUGCGAUGGGAGGUUCAUUUAACCUUCUCAAAAGACCAAGAAGGUUUGCUCAGCGCACAGAAAGGCAAUUGGCGGCCACGAACAUUUGCACCUCGUUUCUGAUCAUGCACAGAAUAGCACUGGGCCUUGUACUCUUGUGGGAUGACCCUCCAAGAAAGCUUGUAGACCAGUGAGCUUCUCUGUUUUUACGCUCCCUUAGGGAUGUACUGUCGUUUUGCUCAGCACAAAUGUAUUUUUGUCAUGUAAAACCAAGUUUCAUAGAUAGUCAAUGAUUAGCGUUACAAUGGGCAAGUUCAUGGAUUUUUAUGCCAGAAACCUGAUUUCAAAUGGCAUGCUCGAUUUUUCUGUCUGAAUUCCAUUUCCAAUGCAACAGAUGAAUAAGA